AUAUUGAUGAGUGAAUUGCCAUGUGAACCUCGAAUCAUUUACGAUUGUAUCAGAUCACGCUCCGGCCUAAUACCCACAUCAUAGAUCAUACAAAGACAAACCGCAAGUAUUUAGAAAAAUGAGAAUUAUUAUGCUAGGCGAAGUGCCUAUAGUUUUACUAUUCCUUCCCGUCCACCCAAUAUGCAUCCCGAGCCUAAAAGGGAGGAGAAUCCCGACAAGAGCGAGACUUUUAAACAUGAAAGCUGGACAUAGGAAAAAUAAAGUCCGCUAUGUAUGUGGAUUCACCUCUCCCUUGCCACCGUGUAAACGCCUGUGUGUAGCCCUGGGAUACAACUUUUGUCCCAGGGAGAGUGAAAAAAAAACAUCUCUGCUCGUCUCCUUCAUUCUCCAACCAAUAACACGGUCUAAACCAAUGUCAAAUCAAUCACGGACUCGAAUAACGCGAACUCAAUAUUAACAAUGCUUUUUUCGCUCGCUCCCUCGCUUAGCUCUGUCUCGAAAGUUCAAAAUAGCGCCUCAGCCGUAAGC